GAAAGCAAACACGCUUCAGUCGAUGGGAAGCGCAUAACUUUUUUGGCGAAGUCUUUAAAUUGAAAAAUAGGUAUAGUAUGGCAUCUUCAGUGUGAUUUUAUUGAUAAAACAUCUAAAAUGAUUCGUGUUUAAAAUUAUAAUCUUAUUCUGUGUUAUUUGAGAGUAUGACGAUAUUUUCCCACGUCAAAUGCGAUGUUAUUGGCUCCAGUUUUAUGUGCUAGAGAUUUGAACCUGGUCUCCAAAGCACCUGUCUGACCCAUGUUUUGACUGCCGAACGGUUUCUGAGUCUGAACAUCCCAAGGAUGGAACCGAUCUAGAACAGCGGUGUUUCCCCUAGAAUAACGUAAAUAUAGUUAUUAUCAUUAAAUACCACAUUUUUUAAUUUGGAAAUUAAAGUGAGAUGUUUUCAAUUUUAUCAGAUGCGUAAUUUUUUAAUUUACAAGGAAAGUCAGUUAAGAACAACGGCCUAGGAACAGUGGGUUAAUGGCCUUGUUCAGGGGAAGAACGACAGAUUUUUACCUUGUCAACUCGGGGAUUCGAUCUUACAACCUUUCGGUUUCUAGUAUAACGUUCUAACCACUAGGCUACCUGCCGCCCAAUGCAAUGCUUGUGCAUUAAUAGCCUUAUAGUGCAUCAAGAAAAACGGAACUCACAAUUCUAUUGGAAACAGCUCGUGGAAUUACACUCAAGAAUGUCACACAGCUCCUACACCAGGAUGUGGGUCCAGGCCCAUGGAGCCUUGGAGGACCUCCUGGUGGAUGAGCACCCUCCCACUGCCCCUCGGCCGCUGAAGGACCGGCUGCAAGUCUUCCAGGGCCUGGCCACCUUCUACCUGAAGUACCUGCAGAUCUUCCGCAGCCUGGAGGCUGUCUACGACCAGAUAGUUCACCCCCAGAAGAGACGCAUGGUCAGGCACGUGUUGGACGGCGUGAUGGGUAGAAUCCUGGAGCUCAAGAAUGAGAUGGUGGAGCUGGAGUUCUCAGAGUUCCACUACUUUGAUGAUGUGCUGCAGGACCUCAAGCUGACACCUGAGGACCUGGAGGUGCCCAUCCCUCAGUAUUUUGUGAGAGAGAAGAUGCGUGUGCUGCGGGACAGAGAGAAGAUGCUGGCUCAUGUCAUGGCUAAAGGGGGACACAUUGAACAGGUUGAGCAGCUGUUCUGUUGUUCUGGUAUGUUCCAGGUUUGGCGGGGCUACAGUCAGAGGAAGAGGACCAGGAGAGAACGGCUGGAGGAGAUGAUAUUUCUGGGAAUGGUCCCUCCAGAGCAGCAGCAGCAGAGGCCCAGCGUGGCCCAGCUGAAGGCCCAGCAGGUGGAGACGACUCGCAGGCUGGUCCAGGAGGAGAAUGAGGCUGAGUACCAGAGGGCCCUGGUCAGCAUCAAGGAGUCUGUGCGUGCCGUGGACGGCCCUGACCUACGGGAAACACUGCAGGAGCAGAUGAGACAGUGGUUUAUCGAGUGCCGAGAUGCCACUGGAAAGUUUCCUGACUUCCCCAAUGCUGAGGAUGGUGGAUCAACAGCCAUAUUUUCACAGAAGACACCUGACCAGGUCGCUGCAGAGUUAGCAGCGAAAGAGGAAGAGAAGGAGAAGAAGAGGAAAGACAACAUAAAUAAAGAUAAGAAGGGUGGGAAGGACCGCAAGGAUCAGAAGAAAGACAAGAAGCGGAGAAGCAAACAGAAGAAAGGAGGAAAAGAAGAAGGAGAGGAGGAGGAGAAGGGCUGGAAAAUGCCCCCGAGCAACUUCCUCCCUACUGUUGUGGAGGGAAACAAAAUGUACAAAGACGUGUGGCAGGGGCGUGAUGAAACACAGAACUUCCUGCAGCGGUUUGAUGCCCAGCUGGUGCGUGAGGAGAAGAGGUUGGAGGUGGAGGAGGAGGUCAGAGUUCAGGUCGAUGAGCUGAUGAGACAGGAAGUGAAGAAUCUCAAGCUGGCUGUGGACCGAGAGAAAGGGAAGAAGAAGAAGAAGGGAAAGAAAGGUGGCAAGAAGAAAAAGAAGAAAGGAAAGAAGGGCAGUAAGAAGAAGAAGAAGAAAGAGAAGGAUCUGACUGCCGACAGAACCCUUGAGUCUCUGUAUGAAGAGCUGGUGCUGGAAGGCUUCUUGAUUAGACCCUUGAACAUCAAGCUCUCUGAGUACAUUGGUGAGUUCAGCUACCUGGGUACGACCCUGCGCCAGGCAGACAUUGAGCCCAUGCCCUCUCUGUCAGACGUCAGACAGCUCAUUGCCCUUUAUGGGAUCCUGCCUCUGGGAUCCCAGUCCGUCCAUCAGAAGGCUCCCCUGAUGAAGACUCUGCUGCUGGCUGGUCCUGGAGGCGUAGGGAAGAGGAUGCUGGUCCAUGCUCUGUGCACUGAGACCGGGGCCAACCUCUUCAACCUGUCCCCCAGAAACCUGGCUGGGAAGUACCCCGGCAGGAGCUGCCUCCAGUACCUACUGCACAUGGUCUUCAAGGUGGCUCGCCAGCUGCAGCCCUCUGUAAUAUGGAUCGGAGAUGCAGAGAAAACCUUUUAUAAGAAAGUCCCGAAGCUGGAGAAAGAGAUGGAGCCUAAGCGUCUGAAGAAGGACCUAGUAAAGGUGCUGAAGUCUGUGAAGCCUGAGGAUCGUGUUCUGGUCGUAGGGACGUCCCGGAGGCCCUUUGACGCAGACCUCAAGCCCUUCUGUAAAGUCUAUAGGAAGAUCAUCCUCAUCCCCAGACCUGACUAUGCCUCCAGACUGGUGCUGUGGAGGGAGCUGCUGUGUGGCGGCAGUGCUCGCCUCACCCCCAGCCUGGACCUGAGCUCCCUGGCCAAGGUGACAGACGGCUACACCCAGGGCCACAUCCUGCAGGCUGUGAGGCAGGUGCUGACCCCUCGCAGGCUGGCCCAGCAGACUACCAGACCACUGACCGCUGAAGAGUUCAUCCCUCCACUGGCAAGACAGGACCCCAUCUACAAAGAGGAGGAGGAGGCCUUUAAGAUGUGGUACGGCAGGACACCUUUGGGUAAGAAGAGGGCACGGGCGGCCAAGGCCAUCGAGGAGGAGGGAGAGUCGGGCAAGGACAAAGACAAGCGGGGCACUGGGAAGAAGACAGGGAAAGAAGAGAAAAGCAAGAAGAAAAAUAAGUAAAUGUCAAAUACAAGAGAUAGACGUUGUCAACAUUGGGGAGGUCUACAGAUAGGGACUUUCAGGGGAUGUGAUUUACAUUCCUACUUCUUAGAUAUGAUGGACGAUACAUUUACUACCAGUCUAUGACUGUAAAUGUCAUGACAACAGUAUAACGGUAACAGUCGAUCAUGUUAUGAUCAUAAUGACAAAAGUAGCUGUUUAUCUUGUAUGAGACCAGAUAUAAAGUAUGUAAAAUAAAUCAUUGUUAUCGCAGUGUAAAUAUUUAA